AUGUCACUAAUCGCAACAAGUUCUAGGUGUUUCAACGCAAUGGAAGCAGCCGUGGAGGCAGUGAAAACCGGUAACGUUGACAGCUCAGAGGUUAUGAUUAAAUCCAUAAGACAAGACGGAGUGUUGUUACAAAAACAGGCGUCAAUCCUCUGUGAUGAGUUCAAACAGGGCGAAAAGAAGCGGCAAGAAUCAGACGAGGAUCUAACUAGGCAGAUAAACAAGUUACACGCCGAAGAGGUUGAGCUUAAAAACAGGAGGCAAGGUUUGGAAGCGAAGAAAUCAGCGCUGAAUGAAGAGAGAGAACGUUGCUACCGCAACAAACGAGAUGCAUCUCGGAGAUACGAAAAUGCAAAGGCAGAGAAGAGAGAAGCUGAAGAGAAAUUCGAGGAAGCGAAAAAAUGGUGUUGGGUGCCUGGUUACGGCACGUUUCUAGUCGUUCGAGAACUUGUUGAAAACAAUGAGGAAAAGGCUCGUGAUGCACGCAGAGAAAUGGAGCGUUAUGACGGAGAAAUAAGCAGAGCCGAAAGUAACAUCCGGUCGGCAAACACCGCUAUUUCGCAGGUAGGUGUCUUAUUUCUUUUACGUGUUCUUUUAUUGUCAUAGGCAAAAAAGCAUGUAAAGCGAAACUCUCAACUAUAGCUACGAAACUUUUUGCUUUCGAAGUGUGUUUCUCAUUUGUCUAGCCCAUUUUACGUUAAGCGAAAAAUAAUCGGGCACUUAAAGGGCCGAAUGUUUCACUUUCCGACACUUCGGCCUCCGAAUCACCUUCGCGUCAAUUUAACACGGAUUCCAGUAUAUGAUGUUCCAUCAAGCUCAGCAUGCUGUUUCAUCAUCUCUUUGUACUGCUGUUCUGUUCAGUGAUAUCGCUCAUUUUACAGGCCAAUUUUUCAUAUUUUUCUGCAGGCAGAGAAGGACCAAAAUGACAUUUCAAAGAAAGUGGCAGACCUAAAUAGACGACGAGAAUCAUGUCACGAGGAGCUUGGUAAAAUCAAGACGUUGAUUUCAUUCAUCAUGCAAGCUACUACAUUCUGGGAGGAAGUGAUCAUGCUCGCCAACGCAGCAACAGUCAAAACCGAACAGGUUGAAAAGAUUGUGGAUCGGGCUGCCAAGAAAAAUAGUGUCAAGAUUCUCAGUAGCAGAGGUACAGAGACUAAGAUGAGGUCAUUCAAAGAAUCCUGGAUGGAAGUAGCAGAGAUGUUUGCUUCUGAAGAAAACAAGCUGCUAUUAAACGGUGAGCUACAUAGAUCGAAACUUGCAUUUAUGUAGGCAUAAAGUACACUAAUUAGGUAAGCAGUACUUUUGUAAAACAACUCAGGAGUGUUCCAUGUUGUUGUAUCAUUGUUGUUUUCAUUUUGAUAAAACGCAUUUUCCACUUCCGUGCGUAGGUUGUUGAGAUCAUUUAUCGUUCAACUUACUGCUUUUUUUCUUUGCACUACAUGGAAUCUAUCUUUCGGCACCAUACCCCAAACCCUCUCCUCUUUUAGCCUUUUCUUUGGCCUUCUAAUUUCAAUGAAAUCCAGUGGUAUGGUGCCUAAAAAUAUAUACGUUCGCAGUGCAUGUUACCAUGUAGUACGUGUGAAACCGUAGUAAUUUUGUACUAAGAAUAAUUGCGUUCUUCAUGUGUAAUACACUAAACUAAAUUGUAAAUGCUCAUUUUAUUUUUUCCAACAGAAAGAUUCUUCGUAAUGUCUCAGUGAAUGUUUCUGCCAUUUUGCCGUUCACGUACACUAGACUCAAUGAUAUAGAUGGAUACGGUUCCUGCAGCACCUUUGCAAUGGCGAUUCAUGUAGUGUACACCUUGUAUUACUAAGAGCCUAAUCUCUGAGUUGCAACUCUUUGCCUUAUUGGAUUUUCUUCAGAAUAACCGUUGCUAUUGACAGGGUCGUAACAUGGUAUAUCCGAGACCCAUUGAUCCCUAUUUUCUUGCCGUUAUUUUGAUCCCUGAGCCCCAUUUUCCCCACAAUUUUGAUCCCUGAGCCCUAAUAAAAAAAUUGAUCCCAUCCAUGUUUUUACACAAAAUCUUUUAUCAGACAACUUUGUUUAUCUCCAAAUAUAGAAUAUAGAACAUGCUCAAAUGGGCUGAUGCGAAAAACAUUAGCUUUAAUUUUUAGUGCAAAUUGUAGGUUCUAUCAGAGCUUUAAAGACAAUAUGAGUAAACCUCUUUUUGUGCAUUAUUCUAUUUAAAACACUUUAAAUAUAAUGUUUGGCGAUACUAGACAAAUGAUAAAACCUGAUUUUCUUGAACGGGAGCUUUAGUAAGAUACAGAAUGUAAGUUAUGGUCAGUUAUUCUUAAUUUGUACAUUAAAAGUAGUCCACUUCCCUUUAAGUAUCGUACAUCUUGAAGAUCUUGCGGCGGAAUCUUGAUUUUCUCAGAUGCAACGUUCAUCAAGAGUAUUUACAAGGUUUAUUUUCAGUGUUGCUCAUACGAGCAAGGCCACCCGUAAGUUUAUAAGCCAAUCACAAGAAAGCAUUGGCUUCAAAAUUCGAAUAAAUACAUUUUUAGUCAAAAAGCAACCACAGCUAGCGCUGGUUGGUCCCCGGUCGAAUCCACGUCACUGUAAGGUACCUCUGAACUAAGGUCUUCCUCCAGCUUUCCAAUUCCUGUCCCGUACGAACAUCUGCUUGCCCGGAUAACUUGUCCAGUUAAUCAAUGUCCGAUCUGGGUGGGUCACAAAUGUUUUAUUUCUAAAGAGACUCUCGCAACCAAAAAUUUCACGUCGGUCGUGUUACUGGUCUACAAUAUUGAUGUUAAUAAAGUGUAAUCGUUUUUUUCACGAUUCAGUCAGUUAAUGAUGUAGAUCGCGACGUUUCAAUUGCGUACUUCAAGUGUUCAUUAGAAAACGCAGCACUUAAAGACCUUGCCUUGCUAGUCUUCGUCGACUGGUCACACGUGAACUUAUAUGACUCCAAGCUCUGGUUCUGGUUAAUCGAUUAUUAGCUGCUGAGAUUGGUACAUUUCUUACUCCAUUGUUUGAAUGAGCUUUUGCCUCACUGGUCCACUGUCGUACGGAUCUCCUAUUACUGUUUUUCUUGAUUAAGGGCAACCAAGCUUCUGGACUUUCUACUCUGCUAUCCCUGUUGAUGUUGUUAGAGUGCAGUCUUACGUGAGUUUCCUCUUUUACUCUGUGUGUGUUACAGUGAGGAUCACGAUCAAUUACCAAUAGCAAAAUAACUGCUUUACAUGAAGUAGAAAAAUUAAAUGAUGCAAGCCACAGGUUCUACAGUUUAACAGCUUUUCUGUGUCAAGCCCAUUAAUGGCUUUUCCUCGCUUAAUACCCAUUGUAGAUUGUUAGAGGACAUAUCUGACUGUAGGUCUUCCAGACCUACUCCUUCCAGCUUCAAAUCUAAUUGGCUCUGAAAAGUUGUCCGCCUGAGCUUAAUGCUCCCCUUCCUCUUCGUCACCACCUGACGCAGGUAAUUCAUCUGGUUCAACUGACCCCUGGAGCAAUGCAACCAGGCGUUGCUCUUCAAGGCAGGUCAAACAGAAGUUAUUUUCAUCUUUUAUUAUUUAAACUUUCCCGAUGAUACACUCAGGUAAACUUCUAUCGUCACGUUAACCAGUCUCCAGUAUACAAGGGGAUCUUCUUCUAACUGUUCCAGCCAUCUCAAACCCAUGUGAUCUUCCAGGAAUGCGUCACCCGGCGUUAUGGUGGAGAUCUUUAAAAAGAACUGCAAGGAAGAAAGGAAUGAUAUACCUCCUGUAAUUGUGCUUGAGAGCAAUUACGACGCCUUUUGAAUAGAUAAUCUCAUAUUCUUCGGCUGCGUCUUGAACUGUAGUUUGUCCUUCACUCCCUUGAACCUCUUUCAGCAGAUCGACUUCUCCAUGUGCCGACGCAUUCCUUCUGAACAUACUCAGAGCAAGUGGAAGUGUACCAGCUCUUUCUUUGGUCUUCCCUCUUGUUCGUUGCUGUCGUACACACCCGUCCGAAUACUUUCGCAAAGCUCUGCAAUGCCUUCCGUUAUCGCUCCUUUGCCUCAGCGCUCGCUUCCUCGUCCAAAUCCUCCUUAAGGUUUACUCUUGCCGUACAACUUUCGAAGCCAUUCCAGUGCCUUUGGACCCAGCUUUCUCUGUGUGUAAUGGCUUUGAGGACCGGUAUAAAAGAUAAACGAGGAUUGGUAGAGCCUCUCUAUUGAUUCUAAAAGGCAGCUGGACCGCCGCGAUGCGUAGUCGUUCAGAGCGAGUGAAAAAAGAAAUUCAGGCUCCAAAUCUAAGGUGGUGAUACCUUUCGGGGUCAACCAUUACAUAAGCCGAGGCCUAAUAGCCCAAAGGGCCGAAAAAAUUCUUGUACAUCAAUGUUGUCACUAAGGUCUGUAAAUUUUGUGCAAAACAAAAUAGCCACUGCACUGAAAAAAUCUUGCAUGAAAAAAAUAACCCAUCCCCGGCUCAAAAAUCAAAUAGUGGGCCCCUUACUGGUGGCCCUUCAUGCUGAGUGCUAUAAUAUAUUAAAUUCCUGCAGACUCUGCUACUUGUACCUAGUAUGCAACAUUCCUUUCACCAAUUCAACCGUUUAUUUUGUAUAAAAAAAAAAAACUAAAGAAAAUAAACUAUAAAGGUUUUGUUACUUUUAUUUCACCGAGGUAAGUCUUUGUUGUUCCACUUAUUUUCAGUAAUUCUAUACUGUAACUUCAGACUAUUUAUUAUAAUAGAGUUAUCAGUUAUACAGUAAUGAAAAGUGUCCUUUACUUUCCCGGCCCAAUGCUAAUACUGGUAGGUGAACCGAUCUCGGUUUCUCAUCAGAGUUCGAGCUCCAUGAAAUUAGAGCAGAUUUAUUAAAUUGCGAGAAAUCAUUUAUUUUGCAACAAAGCGCGCGAAUUCAUUGCACUCUAAUUAUUUAAGUACUUUUACUUAAAGAGUUAGAGUUAAGUCACUGGUCAAAAAAUACGAAACUCGAUUUAUAGUCGCCUUGUGACUUGCUUGAGGCGAUGAGGCAAUCGGGACCUAUAAGUAAAUUCCGCUUUCAAUAAAUCGGUUUGUCUAUUGUCCUAGCGGUAUUGUUAUGUUUGAUCGGCCGAAAAACUCUGUGCUUGGACCCUUGCCAGGAGUAAAUCAAUCAAGGAAGUACUGACGUACCUUUCUCUGUCACAGGAUUUCUUUUUGUCCUUUUUCUUCUUCCCCAUCUCUCGCCAAAAAAGAUAUGUAUAAGUCGCUUUCUUUGCCCUCUGGCGUUGACAGCGCGUUGAGGAGUUACAAAGCGAGAAAAGUGACUUGAGAUUCAUAUUACGGUGCUCUCAACAAUUAAUAAAUUAACAAUAUGAUACCAUGUUUUCGUCACACAACCAGGACUUCGUAUGACAGGAACUACCGCCAGCCGGAAGCAAGAAUAGGUAACGUACCUCGAACAGGAAAUNUUUUGUUACUUUUAUUUCACCGAGGUAAGUCUUUGUUGUUCCACUUAUUUUCAGUAAUUCUAUACUGUAACUUCAGACUAUUUAUUAUAAUAGAGUUAUCAGUUAUACAGUAAUGAAAAGUGUCCUUUACUUUCCCGGCCCAAUGCUAAUACUGGUAGGUGAACCGAUCUCGGUUUCUCAUCAGAGUUCGAGCUCCAUGAAAUUAGAGCAGAUUUAUUAAAUUGCGAGAAAUCAUUUAUUUUGCAACAAAGCGCGCGAAUUCAUUGCACUCUAAUUAUUUAAGUACUUUUACUUAAAGAGUUAGAGUUAAGUCACUGGUCAAAAAAUACGAAACUCGAUUUAUAGUCGCCUUGUGACUUGCUUGAGGCGAUGAGGCAAUCGGGACCUAUAAGUAAAUUCCGCUUUCAAUAAAUCGGUUUGUCUAUUGUCCUAGCGGUAUUGUUAUGUUUGAUCGGCCGAAAAACUCUGUGCUUGGACCCUUGCCAGGAGUAAAUCAAUCAAGGAAGUACUGACGUACCUUUCUCUGUCACAGGAUUUCUUUUUGUCCUUUUUCUUCUUCCCCAUCUCUCGCCAAAAAAGAUAUGUAUAAGUCGCUUUCUUUGCCCUCUGGCGUUGACAGCGCGUUGAGGAGUUACAAAGCGAGAAAAGUGACUUGAGAUUCAUAUUACGGUGCUCUCAACAAUUAAUAAAUUAACAAUAUGAUACCAUGUUUUCGUCACACAACCAGGACUUCGUAUGACAGGAACUACCGCCAGCCGGAAGCAAGAAUAGGUAACGUACCUCGAACAGGAAAUUCCAUGGACACAAACCUUAUUAUGCGGAAAAAUAUUGUGAUAAGAGAUUUUUAGACCGUGUAAUAAAUCUGAUCCCUGAUUCGGGCUCGAAAGCCUUGUGAUCCCUGAUCCAAUUCUUCUGAGCCCUGAGCCCUUUCCUCUGAACCCUGAUCCCAGUCAUAUUUUGGGCUUUGAGCCUUGAGCCCAUAUACCAUGUUACGACCCUGUAUUGAAUGUUUUAGGAGUUGUCUUAUCUGGUUUUGUAUUAUUUAUUUGUUAUCCAAUGAAAAUUCCAUGUAUUGUUGUGACAUAUCUUAUUGUUCAUUUUAUCCCUGCACUAGCUAAUGCUUCAUACCAAAACAAACGAGAUGCAUCUCGGAGAUACGAAAAUGCAAAGGCAGAGAAGAGAGAAGCUGAAGAGAAAUUCGAGGAAGCGAAAAAAUGGUGUUGGGUGCCUGGUUACGGCACGUUUCUAGUCGUUCGAGAACUUGUUGAAAACAAUGAGGAAAAGGCUCGUGAUGCACGCAGAGAAAUGGAGCGUUAUGACGGAGAAAUAAGCAGAGCCGAAAGUAACAUCCGGUCGGCAAACACCGCUAUUUCGCAGGUAGGUGUCUUAUUUCUUUUACGUGUUCUUUUAUUGUCAUAGGCAAAAAAGCAUGUAAAGCGAAACUCUCAACUAUAGCUACGAAACUUUUUGCUUUCGAAGUGUGUUUCUCAUUUGUCUAGCCCAUUUUACGUUAAGCGAAAAAUAAUCGGGCACUUAAAGGGCCGAAUGUUUCACUUUCCGACACUUCGGCCUCCGAAUCACCUUCGCGUCAAUUUAACACGGAUUCCAGUAUAUGAUGUUCCAUCAAGCUCAGCAUGCUGUUUCAUCAUCUCUUUGUACUGCUGUUCUGUUCAGUGAUAUCGCUCAUUUUACAGGCCAAUUUUUCAUAUUUUUCUGCAGGCAGAGAAGGACCAAAAUGACAUUUCAAAGAAAGUGGCAGACCUAAAUAGACGACGAGAAUCAUGUCACGAGGAGCUUGGUAAAAUCAAGACGUUGAUUUCAUUCAUCAUGCAAGCUACUACAUUCUGGGAGGAAGUGAUCAUGCUCGCCAACGCAGCAACAGUCAAAACCGAACAGGUUGAAAAGAUUGUGGAUCGGGCUGCCAAGAAAAAUAGUGUCAAGAUUCUCAGUAGCAGAGGUACAGAGACUAAGAUGAGGUCAUUCAAAGAAUCCUGGAUGGAAGUAGCAGAGAUGUUUGCUUCUGAAGAAAACAAGCUGCUAUUAAACGGUGAGCUACAUAGAUCGAAACUUGCAUUUAUGUAGGCAUAAAGUACACUAAUUAGGUAAGCAGUACUUUUGUAAAACAACUCAGGAGUGUUCCAUGUUGUUGUAUCAUUGUUGUUUUCAUUUUGAUAAAACGCAUUUUCCACUUCCGUGCGUAGGUUGUUGAGAUCAUUUAUCGUUCAACUUACUGCUUUUUUUAUUUGCAAUACAUGGAAUCUAUCUUUCGGCACCAUACCCCAAACCCUCUCCUCUUUUAGCCUUUUCUUUGGCCUUCUAAUUUCAAUGAAAUCCAGUGGUAUGGUGCCUAAAAAUAUAUACGUUCGCAGUGCAUGUUACCAUGUAGUAUGUGUGAAACCGUAGUAAUUUUGUACUAAGAAUAAUUGCGUUCUUCAUGUGUAAUACACUAAACUAAAUUGUAAAUGCUCAUUUUAUUUUUUCCAACAGAAAGAUUCUUCGUAAUGUCUCAGUGA